AGUAUGAACCUUAUGUUUAUUAAAAUUCCUUGGAAUGUUUUUAGCUUAAAAUGUUUAGUUUUGGAAGAUUAUUUGCUUGAAAGUUCUUUCAUUUCAAAGUAUCAUUUCGUAGCAAAAAAUUUGUCCAAAAUCUUUGAAAUGAUUUGUAUUUAGAUUUUCAAAGUUUUUUUAGUUUGAAUUAGAAAUUGGCUGUAAUAACUAAUAAGUUGCUUAGUAUUGGAAAAAAAAUACGGUUUGCUACAUUAGUUUGAGCCUUCAUGAAGAACACCUCCCUUGGAAAUGCGAUGAAGAAAAUCAAAACUUAAUACAUAUUUGGCGCCUAUUGAAUUCAAUUCCCUAACAAUUUAAAUUCUCAUAUAAACCCUAAUCAUCAAUCCGUUGAAAGAGAAGCCGAUUCCAACUGAGUCGUUACAAUGUCGAACUCCCUUCAACUUCUUCAUGAGCUCUGUAUUGAGUUUUCAGAACCAAUCAUCAAAUCCCUUUCAAAUAUCUGCGAUAAACCUUCAGAGGGGUCGAAUGUUUCUGUUAAGCCCAUUCUCGAAUCUCUUCUACCUCGAAAAACAUCACUUCGAAUCAGUCCUUCUGAGGACGAUAUUUACUCCUCCAUCAAAGACUUCACACUGGCAUGUGCUUUAAUAUUGUCUUCCCGUUCCUCGACCUUUGACCUUCUUUCAUGGAUUACGGAAGACCUCGCGCUUACUGCCGAGUCAGCGUUUCGAAUGCUCUCAAAGGCGUAUGCCUCUGCUUCCUGCGAUGGGUUUUCGAAGAACAUUGAGGAGCUGGGUUUAGAUUUUAGUUUGAUACCGGAGGAGAAAAGAUUGGUGGUGGAAAUCAUUCCAAAGGUUCUUCCGUUGUUGAAGGAUAGUAUUAAGGAGAGCUCGAUAGAUAAAUCUGACGAGGUCGACGAGGUCUCUGCUGCAUCAGCGAGGGUGCCUGUGGGGUUUGCUAUUGUUGCGGCCCAUCAACUUCGAUGGUUCAUUACUCAGAUUGAUUAUCCACAUUUGGGGAAGUUGUGUAAUUUGGUGAUUCCUUGUGGACUGACUGCUCUUGAUCACUGGUCACCGGAAGUCAAAGGGCAGGGCAUGCUUAGUUUUAUACAUCUUGCAAAAAAUGUCAAUGCUGCAGAGCUUGGUUGGUAUGAAGAUGUGAUUCUUGAUGCAUGCUGCUCAAAUGUCCCUUCAAGUGAUGAAAUAUGGCCUUGUGUGGUUGAAAUGUCGGUUCUUCUUGCAACUAGCAUUCACAAUAUGAAUCCUCGUAGCUCAUGGAUUGAAAGGAUGGUUAAUGAGAUGUUGGGUCACUUGGAGCGGCAGCCAAGAAACAAGGAACGGUGUAUUGCAUGGCUUCAACACAUUGAACCUCUUUUCAAUUGUAUGGGUUUGGUGCUGUUGGCUCAUACAAGGCGCAUAUUUCCACUUUUCUUCAAGUGGAUGAAUGCUGAAGAUGAUGAGACCACUUUACUAGUUCUACAGAGAAUUCAAACUGUUGUGAGGUUAACAUGGAUAAGGAAUACACCAUAUGUUGAAAGAUUGGUGGACGAACUUGCAAUGUUAUACGAAAAGGCUGCAACAAGAAGAUCUGGUGAUGCAAUCAGAAAGCAUGUUGUUGAUGCACUUAUGCUGCUCCAGGAGAGCAAAGGCCAGCAGUUUAAAGCAGCUUGGAGCAAGCACAAGGAUCUUCAAAACUUGGUUCCGCUUUCUACAUCUUUAACAAGAUUGAACAUCACAGAUUGCGUUGACUGUUAAGCAUCAUCGUAUUAUAAAUAGUGAGAACUCGGUAAUCUGAAGACUGAAUGCAAAUUCAACAUGAACUCAAAGCUUUGGUUAGCGGUGCCAAAGCAUUUUUGGGUAUAGUUCUUUCUUGUACAGUGAUUAUUGCUAUUUUGCAACUCUUAUGUAAAGAUUACGUUUUAUUUUCUAUGGAAAAAGUGAGGUAGAGAAUAUAUUAGCUACAUGUAUAAAA